UUACAUUUUCUCUCUCAUGGUCAUCAUCCACUUGGAGUCUUGAUCUUGUACUUCAUUGCCAUCACCUAUGUACUACUAUAUAUAGCCCAACAAAGUCGUUGAUUUAUCAGAGUUCACACAAGGUAGUUUCAGUUAAGUGUACCAAGUUAAUAGGUCUUUAUAUUUAGUUGUUGACAUCAACAAAGUCAUGGAGGAAGUUAAUGUGGUUCAAACCAAGAAUGGAACUGUUGCAGUAGCUUCUGCGUUUGCUGGACAUAAGGAAGCUAUACAGCAAAGGGACCACAAAUUUUUAAGAAUUGCUGUUGAAGAAGCCUAUAAAGGGGUAGACUGUGAAGAUGGGGGUCCCUUUGGUGCUAUUAUAGUAUGUAAUGAUGAAAUAGUUGCUCGAUGUCACAACAUGGUUCUGAGGAACACAGACCCUACUGCUCAUGCAGAAGUCACUGUUAUAAGAAAGGCUUGUGAAAAGUUAAACCAGAUAGAACUUUCAGACUGUGAAAUAUAUGCUUCUUGUGAACCUUGCCCUAUGUGCUUUGGAGCAAUUCACCUCUCACGAGUUAAGAGGUUGGUUUAUGGAGCAAAGGCAGAGGCAGCAAUUGCUAUUGGAUUCGAUGACUUCAUUUCAGAUGCAUUGCGAGGCACUGGAUUCUACCAGAAAGCACAAUUGGAGAUUAAAAGGGCUGAUGGCAAAGCGGCAAACAUUGCUGAAGAAGUUUUUGAGAGAACCAAGGAAAAAUUCCGAAUGUAUUAAUUGAAUCUCCAUGUUUCCUAAGCCGUUAGGUAUUUACACCUGAUGAAAUCUGAGUUCACAUAAAUAAGCUCAUUGCUCUCGUGUAUCCUAAAUCCUAAUGAAUAAAUUGUAUGGGGAGAAGAGAAUCAAAGUGAAAUUUACUUUGUGAUAUUUGAUGUCAUUCUCAUGUUAAAUCCUUGUAAUGAUCGUAAAUAUUGAAUGGGGUUUUAUAUUUUAAGACAUUAAAUUUAUUAAAGUUUU